CAUACCGGUAGUUGGUGGUGUUGGUUGCGGAAGGAAAGAAGCGUUGGUUUAUACGAUAAGAGCGAUAAGAGCCUGGUGUGCGGUUAAGUCAGCGCGUUGUUGUUUACAUUAAUACACUAUAUUAUGAUGUGGAGUCAGAGUUUGCCAGAUACUCAGAACGCAAGAGAAGAGAUAUUUAGCCAGGAGUACGAAAAUGCAAAUGUGUGGGGAAGACUGUAUGCGACGAAAAAAAAAUUCCCAUCCUUAGAUCUAUCUGAUGAUGAGUAUACAAUUGGUCGUGCUCAGGACUGUAAUAUUACAAUCUCAUAUUUAGAAGUCAAAGAGGAUGUACUGCAAACCAUUAGCAAGAGACACUGUAAAAUUAUAAAAGUUACACCAGAAGUCUACUUGGAAGAUUACAGUUCCAAUGGGACAUAUGUGAACAGUGAAAAAAUUGGAAAAGGCAAUAGGAGAAUACUGAAAAACAAUGAUCAGAUUUCACUGGCAUGGCCUCACUUUAAAGUGUAUGUAUAUGUGGAUGCCUCAGAUAACAAUGAGAAUUUUCCAGAAGAGGUACGGUCCAAGUAUGUUAUUACUAGAGAGCUAGGUGCUGGAGCAUGUGGAAAAGUGUAUCUUGUAUUUGAGAAGAAAUCAUGUGACCGAUAUGCUAUGAAAGUUGUGCAGAAGAAAUGUUUCGACAGCGCUGACAGACAGAACAGAUGUAACUCAGACAAGACCAUGAAUGAGGUGAACAUAUUGAAAGCCCUCAAACACCCAUGCAUCAUUCGAGUGGAACACAUCGUGGACACACCUGAUGCAAUUUACAUUGUUUUAGAGCUCAUGGAGGGCGGUGAGCUAUUCGAUCGCAUUCAGGAUCGCAGACAACUGAAAGAGUCAGAGGCUAAACUAAUUUUUUACCAGAUUGCUCAAGCAGUCAAAUACCUACAUGAUAAUAAAAUUACUCACAGAGAUCUGAAGCCUGAAAAUAUUCUGCUGUCAAGUGAGAAGCGAGAAACACUUAUAAAAGUGUCUGACUUUGGCCUUUCGAAGUUUGUGAACUCACAAAGUAUCAUGAAGACUUUCUGUGGUACUCCGUUGUAUGUUGCCCCAGAAGUGCUUGAAACCAAAGGGAUGGGUUCCUAUACUGCACAGGUUGACAUCUGGAGUCUGGGCAUCAUUUUGUUCAUUUGUUUGAGUGGCUACCCCCCGUUUUCAGCUGAAUACCAGUCAUUACCACUCAACGAACAGAUCAUGAGAGGAGCGUAUUCAUUUCAGAGGCGAUACUGGCGUGGUGUGUCACCUGAUGCCAUCGAUCUGAUCAGAAAGAUGCUGACAGUUGAUCCAAAGAACAGAGUCACAGUUGAUGAGGUUCUUUGUCACAGAUGGUUAGAGGAUAAAUGGCUGGAGGAGACAUUUCAAGAGCUAAUCAAGGAGGAGCAGAUGGCCAGUCAGGGUGGAGUCCCUGUUGACGAACAUUCUCCACCUCGAAAACAGCUCAGGCUAGAUGGAGAAGACACACAUACAGUCUGAAGUCUGAGCUGUGAAACCAAAUACUGUUUACCGGUGCUCAACAGAUCUGAAAGUAGUUGCAAAAUAUAAUACCUCAUCUGUAAAGUACAAGUUUAAGUUACAUCAUGUGAGAAUGGAGGCCUUUAUACUUAAGUUACUCUAUAUAUACGUAUACUUCACUAAACACUUCUCAGCACAUUCAUUGCCAUUAAAAUAGGAUUCUCUCACUGUUGGAAAUUGUAUUAAUUUUUCUGAAUCUGUGUUUGAAGUACUUUCUCAUGGUUUUUCUAUACCCUUGUAGGCCACCACCAUGUGUUGCCACUUUCUAUAACGCAUUUUAAACGGAACUCAGACCUGUGUAUCAAUACAUAGCUGGCAGUGAGCAUGCUAAGAAGUGUCAUUGUAUUACCAGCAUGUACCUGGACUGUUAACGGUGUGCGGCACGUUCACGUUAUGUUUGUGUUACUUUUUGGAAUCAGUAUUGAGCUAAAAGAUGUGGAAGGUGUGUCAUAGUAGUGAAGAUUUAGACAAACACCGGUGCAUUUAAGGCACUCCUACCAUAUACAGUUCCUGAAGCAUUUGAUUUUUAAAUACUGCAAUUUUUUAAAACUUUUCUUUUGAUAGUUGAUAUUAGGUUAGAACAGGAAGUGCAUUGCAGAGGAGAUGUAAGCAAGAGACGCCCUACAUCGUGUCCUCUCUUCCUGUAUUUUGUUAAAGUUUAUUGAGAUGUAUAUUGGUAUUGUAAGUGAUGCCAGAGAAAUUCUGUCAUCGAUGUAGUUGAUGUGAUCUGUUAUAAAUGGAAAUGUAGACAAGUGAUGUCCAUCCUAUCGUCUUUACAUGCUGAAUUUUCCCAAGAAUUUUCUGCUUCACAGGCAGAAGAAUACUGAAGGAAAUCUUGGAAAACACUUAACUGACAAUUGUAAUGGCAAAAUAAUUCCACUGGCCUCAGUGCGCAGAUUAUUCUAAAAUCUAUAUUCCUGUGAGUUGUUAUAAAAUUACACAUCAGAGUCCAGAAAUUCAACAGUUCUUAGAAGUACUAUUUGAAGGAUGAUUGCAUUGUGUUUUAUUUUAUAUUUAAAACAUUUUGAAUGUCCUGAAAUUCAUAGUUUUGAAUUAAAGACAAUAUAAAGGAAUAAACUUCCCCAUACUAAUUGCUCAGCGUUUAAUAGUUAGGAGAGUACAAAAUAUUGGGAGAGUGAUAAUGGGUUUCAAGCUGAUAGUUUGCUGAGUCUGAGUACACAGGUAAUAAUUCUGUGGAAGAAUCCAAUACAGAAUGGCUUCCCUUUGGUGAACUGCUACAUUAAAAAGAGCUUGUUCUCUGUAGCAAGGGGUAUAAUUAUUAUGUAGCUUUUCACAGCUCUCUCAUAUCUGUUCUGUACUCUGUCGCUAAUAUGGUGGUUAACACCAUGCAUGUGAUACGGUGAUAUGUAAAGAGAAAUUUCAUGAGAGUUCAGUGAUUUAUGUACUGGGUGUUUAUUUAGUUUCAUAAUGCCUUGGCCAUCAUUACUAUUGUUCCUGUAGCAGCACAUUUUGCUUUCUGAAUAUUAAUGACAUAUGCUUCUACACAUGUCCUAUGGUUAGUUGCAUGUUACAGUUUUAUGCACAUUUCUUAUAUAAGCUUUCAUAUUAUUUAUGCAUUUUUUUUCUAAGUAACCAUCAUG